AUGAGGAAAGUUGGGUUUAACAACUAUCAAAAGAAUACUAUUAGAAAAGCAGUUUCGAACAUGAGAGAUGGCUAAAGACAUCCAAAUGAAUUCAAUACUAAUAAUAUUGUCUACUUUGAUGAGUAAAGCCAAGAUCAAUAUAAUUAUGAGACGACAGAAGAGAACCUAAAUGAAAAUGAAAGAAGUUCAGUUGUCAUUAAUUAGUAAUCAAGAACUGACCUCAAGCAUAAAACAGCAAACAAGUCGAUUUCAAACAUUAUAAAAGUAAUAACUACAGAAAAUUCAUCCCCAAAGUAUGUUGAUAGCAGGUUCAAGAGAAUAAACAUUAAUACCUUGCCUGAAAUUAGGCAUAAUAGCAAGAAAAGAAUAAAGUAAAGCAAAUUAUGGAUAAAUAACAACUAGCCUAGUUAACUCCAUGUAAGUUUACAAUAAAUAACUGAACAAACUGAUAAAACCUUCUUUGAACAAUAAUAAUAAAAAUAAAAUAUUCCUUAAAAUGAUGAUUUUCAUGAGCAUCUUGGAGCUAAGAAUAUACUUCCAUAUCUUAAUAAGUCAGACAUUUUGUACAUGCGAUAGGAGGAGUAAAAGAUCAAGCGCAUCUAAAAGGUAUUAGUUGAAGAAAAAUCCAGAAGUAGAUCACCAAGGCGUGGAUAAGUUGGAAUUAUUUCAGGUUAAGAAGAAGUUAAUAAAGAUUUGACUUAAAACAUUACAUAAGAUGAUAUUUAAAAUCUCAGUAGGAGUAGAGUAACUAAUAUAAAAGCUAGUUUAGAUACUAAAAUAACAAAUACAAAUGAUUCCAAUAGAUAGAGCACUCAGAAGUUUAAAGAAUAUAGUAGUAAUACAUAAAGAAUGAAUAAUUCAAAGAAUAGAACAUAGAUCUGGGCUUAUCAAAACCAGAAUAAAACAAACAGAAAUGUUAAUAACUCUGAAGAACAUUAAAGCCUCAGUAAAAAUUAAUCUAUAACAGUUAGAGAUAGAUCAAAUGAAAAAUAAACAUCUUUAACAAAGGACUCAUCGUUAUUCAAGAUAAGAAAGCCCUAUACAAAGGAAGGACUAAAGGCAGAGUAUGAUAAAUUAACUUAAAAGCUGGAAAAUAAGCUCAUGGAUGAUAAAAAUUAUAAGGUCUUCUACUGGGCACCUGAUUAUAGCUUUUGUGGUUUUGCUACUAGUGAAUAAGUCAGAAGUACUGCAUCAAAAUGGAUGAAGGAUAAGAAGCUAGGAAUAAGUGAACGAUAGAUCAUAGAAAAUAAGAGUAAGGAUAGCUUAACUUCUAAUGUCUCUUAAAUCCCAGAAAUAAUGAGGUUCUUAAGAAAUACCCAAUUAGAUAAAUGA